AGUGAGUCACUGGGCUAGCAUGGAAAAAACUCUUGCCUUCCUGGCCACCUUCGGGUUUUCCCAGGCUGGAGGCAUCAUCCCAGAAUGGCGGUGGAAGGGGAGAGUUGAAGUGAGGGGAGUGAGGAUGGCCAGGCCUCUGGAGCAGGCGGUAGCUGCCAUCGUGUGCACCUUCCAGGAAUAUGCAGGGCGCUGUGGGGACAAAUACAAGCUCUGCCAGGCGGAGCUCAAGGAGCUGCUACAAAAGGAGUUGGCCACCUGGACCCCGACUGAGUUUCGGGAGUGUGACUACAACAAAUUUAUGAGUGUUCUGGACACCAACAAGGACUGCGAGGUGGACUUUGUGGAGUAUGUGCGCUCACUUGCCUGCCUCUGUCUCUACUGCCACGAGUACUUCAAGGACUGCCCCUCAGAUCCCCCCUGCUCCCAGUAGCCUCUGCUCCAGGGGGUGCGCCGGCUGUUGGGGGCUGGGCAUGUCUCCCACACUCCCUCCUACCCUCUCUCCUGUACCCCUUUCAAUCUGGACUUGCCCAGGUCUUCCGUGAUCAGUUAACCCAUUUUACCUAGGAGGCCCAGAGAUGUGAGGGCUCCUUUCCCAGGAUGCCCAGCAAGUGAGGGGUAGAGCCACUCUGGGCCCCAGCCUGCCUGCUGCACCCCUGCGGCCUCCCUUGUGGAUGGGAGGAGGCGGGAUCUGCUGUGAGGCCCUCGAGGCUCAGCAGAGCGUGCACCAAUGAGACCACGAUGGGAAAGGGCCUAUUUAACUCCUAAUAAAAAACUGGCAUCAGC